AUGGCUAGAUCACGUUCAAGGAGUUACGACGAUUCUAAUGAUCGUUCAAGAAAACGUAGUCGUUCACCUGAAUGUUCUACAAAAGAGGAGCCUAGUAAGAGGCUUCAUAUUGCAAAUCUUGAUGAAAAUGUUAGAAAGAAAGAUCUUGAAGAAUCUUUUGGUAAAUUUGGAAAAAUUGUUGAUUUGUGGUUAGCCAGUUAUGCUCCUUUCUAUGCAUUCAUAACAUAUGAUAGUUUGAAAGAUGCUGAAAAUGCAUGUGAAGAAAUGAGAAGUGGAUAUAUUUGUGGAUGCCGUAUCAAAACAACAAUUGCUUUACCAAGAAGGGCAGCUGGAGAUAGACCAAAAAGAAAUUAUGAUAGAAGAUAUGAUAGAGAUGACAGAAGAGGUACCUAUAGACGUGAUGAUGACAGAAGAAAUGGUUACCGGAGAGAUUACGAUAGAGAUGAUUAUCGUAAGGAUAAUGAUAGAAGAGGAUAUAGAAGGGAUGAUCGUGAUGGAUAUCGGAAACAUGAUGAUAGAAAUGGUUACAAAAGAGAUGAUCGCAGAGAUGGUGGCGGUUAUCGUGAUAGAAGAGAACGAUCUCCUCUUCCAAGAAAAAGCAGACGCUCAAGGUCACGCAGUUAA